AAACACGGCGAGGAUAAAGCAAGAUGGCGUCUGACGGUGAAGACGUUAUUGCAGUCGUCACAGUUCAGUGUUCUUAAUCUGUGCCUCCAUGUACGCAUAUAUGUCCUUUAUUACACUCUAGUAAAUAGAGUAAACAUCGUUAAUAACUGUUUGCAUCCGGUUAUAUUAGUCUGAGCGCACUUUGACGUUUCUCGAGCUAACUUAACUUGCUAGUUAGCUUAGCUUGUUAGCUGCUAACAAAGAGAGGCAGAAGUGAUCAAAACACAUCACUAAGUAGAGAUCAAGUGUGAGUGUAAAGUGUUGUGAUUGUGUGAAAAUGUGCCAAAGAACGACAGCAGAGUACGAGGAGGAACUUUGUCCAACAAAAGAGGAGAAAGAGCGACAACAUGAAAAACAUCAAGUUGUGUUACACAGAACAGACAUCCAUCAGCUGAUUGGACACCAAGAAGAAUGUCUCGCUCAUCUGCAGGGGGACAGUUUCACUUUAGAAUAUCCACAGCCCUCACAUUUUAAAGGGGACAAGGGGGAUUCACAGCCCUUUUAUUUUAAAGAGGAAGAGGAGGGAGAGUGUCCUGUAGGGCAGGAGGAGGCUGAUGUCAGCAAGUUUCCACUGACUGUUGUCUCUGUGAAGACUGAAGAGCAUGAAGACAAACCACCUGAGUCCUCACAGCUUCAUCACAGUCCAAACGUUGAAGAAGAACCUCUACCCCAUGAGCAGGAGAAGGAACCACAGUCCCCCAACAUACGCGAGAAAAAAGAGGUACCACAUUCCCAGCACAGCAAAGAGGGAGGAGAGGAGCCACAUCCCCCCCACAUUAAAGAGGAAGGCGAGACGCCACAGACCCAUAAUGUUAAACUGACCCUUCACAUUAAAGGGCAAGCGGAGGACCCACUGAUCUUACACAUCAAAAAUGAAGAGGAGGACCCACUGACCCCUCACUUUAAGGAGCAAGAGAACCUGCUGACCCCUCACAUUAAAAAGGAAGAGGAGGACCCACUGACACCCUACUUUAAAGAGGAAGAGGAGGACCAAGAGCCGCCGCACAUUAAAGAGGAAGAGGAGGAAGAGGGCAUCAGUCAGCCUAAAUGGUUGGAGGAGUUCCCAGUGACUGGUGUCCCUGUGAAGAGUGAAGAUGAUGAGGUGAAAGGUGAAAGUGAGGAGAGGGGAGGGGGGGAGCCUCCAAGCAGCAGCUCAACACAACACAUGACAACAGAAGCUGAUGGAGACCACUGUGGAGGAUCACAAGCAGACAAGCUCUUAGCUCCACUAUCAGAUAGUGAGGACACAACGUCACACUCUCCUGACACUGAUGAUGAAGACUCUAAAGAUGAUAAGACAUGUCACACUGACAACACUCACUUCACAUCUUCUCACUGUCACAAAACCUUUCAAUACCAUUGUAGUCUGAAAACACACAUGAGAACACACACUGGAGAAAAACCUUUUUCUUGUUCACUCUGCAGUAAAGGUUUUAGACAAAGUAUCAAUUUGAAAGUACACAUGAGAACACACACUGGUGAAAAACCUUUUUCCUGUUCAACCUGUGGUAAAGGUUUUGCACAAAGUCAGGAUGUGAAAAGACACAUGAGAACACACACUGGUGAAAAAGCUUUUUCCUGUUCAAUCUGUGGUAAAGGUUUUACAAGAAGUACAGAUGUGAAAAGACACAUGAGAACACACACUGGGAAAAAAUCGCAUUCCUGUUCAAUCUGCAACAGAAGCUUUUGUGACCGAUCAAACUUUGUAGCACACAUGAGAAGACACCCAGGAGAGAAAGUGUUGAGUUGCAGUGUGUGUGGUGAAAGAUUGUCUUCUAAGUACCAGUGUAAGAAACACAAGUGUGCUGGUGAGAACAGCAGCAGCAAAUGAAACUGCAGGAUUUGAAAUAAACUGUCCAGACUUUCAUUUUGACUUUCUAACAACAUCAGCACAUAUAACAUGUGUGACAUUGUUGUUUGUCUAACAAUCUGUUUAAUAUGAUCUUUACAUUUAUAGAUUACAUAGUUUGAAAUAUAAAAUUAUUACUUAUUUGUACUUCUAAUUGUUAAUAAUCCCAUAGAUUAUCACCUUUAUAUGAUAUACAUAUGUACUGGUUCACAUCUGAAACAUCUUCUGGACCACUUCAGGAAGCAUAUUAUUAUUUACUUUAUACAUCAUUUAAACAGUUGUCUUUUAUACAAUUUUAAAAUGUGUGAUUUUAUGAAUCAUUUGUUGGGAAUCUGUAAUCCAUUUUAUUAUUAUCUUUAUUACUCUCUUUUGUAUUAUGAUAAUUGUGUUGUGAUUAUUUUAAAUGUAUGUCCCCAGACCUCUAUGCAAUAAAAAGUGAGAGAAAAUGUCUGAA